AUGCCUGAUGACAUUAUUCAAAAAUCUUACAUACUAGGAUCUGCUGAAAAGCGCUUGGUUGAUGAAUACUUGACUCCUUUGGGAUUAAGGGAAAAAUUCAUAAAUGUAAGUGACAAUGAAUGGGUCUAUACCAGUAAUUUAUAUAUAACGGCAAAUCCAUAUCCACACUGUUCUCAUUUAGGACCAUUAUAUAAGAAACUCGGCGAUAAACUCAAAAAUUAUUUUAAUAUAUCAAAUUUACCAGCGAGAAGAUACAUACUCUCUAACAGAAAGUCUUACAUGAGACAGAUACACAACUUUGACAACUUAAGCAAAGCAAUACAAGAUGCUUUUCCUUCAAAUAAAUACGAAAAAGUUAUUGAUGAGCGUUUGACCAUCGGAGAGACAGCAAAACUUUACGGUGACGCAAAGUUUUUGUAUUUGGUCGUAGGAAGUAAUUGUUUUAAGAGCCUUGUUCUAAAUGAAAAAGCCGUUGUUGUUCUUGUUGGCACUGGAGCUUAUGAUGACUCCGCAAUAAAUGCCAUUGGAUCCAAUGGUAAUAAAAUAGUAUAUUAUGUAGAACCAUCAAUUUCACACAAGGAUUAUUCUUAUAAUGUACUAAAUAUUACGUUGGCAAUCAAAGCAUGUAGCAUUGCAAAUUAUUAUAUUAAUAAUAGUCGCUUCCCAACAGAUCCUGCUGGAUCUUUAAUCUUAUAG